AUGGAACAUAGGAACAAUGUAACUUACUUUGUCCUCUUGGGCCUCACACAAAAUCCAAAGGAACAGAAAGUACUUUUUGUUAUAUUCCUGUUCUUUUACAUUUUGACCAUGCUGGGGAACCUGCUCAUUGUCCUAACUGUAACCUUCAGGAGGACCCUGGACUCUCCAUUGUACUUCUUUCUUGCUAACUUAUCAUUUUUGGAUAUCAUUUAUUCAUCAAUCAUUUCCCCAAAAUUGAUUUCAAAUUUGUUCUUAGGAGAAGUUAUCAUAUCUUUCAAGUUUUGCAUGUUACUGCUUUUUGCAGAACACCUUGUAGGUGGGUCAGAGAUUUGUCUUUUUUUGGUGAUGGCUUAUGAUCUUUAUGUGGCCAUCUGUAAGCCUUUGCAUUAUUUGAUUAUCAUGAAGCCAUGGGUGUGUGUGGUGCUGCUGGUAGUUUCCUGGGUUGGAGGUUUUCUGCAUUCAGUAAUUCAGCUUGGCACUAUUUAUGGGCUCCCAUUCUGUGGCCCCAAUGUCAUUGACCACUUUAUGUGUGACAUGUAUCCCUUAUUGCAACUUGUCUGUGUUGACACCUAUGUCACUGGCCUCUUAGUGAUCGCCAGUGGGGGACUGAUGUGCUCUAUUGUGUUUCUGCUCUUACUUGUGUCUUAUGCUGUCAUCUUCCACUCUCUGAAGAACCUGAGUCAAGAAGGGAGGCGGAAAGCUCUCUCCACCUGUAGCUCCCACAUCACAGUGGUUGUCUUCUUCUUUGUCCCCUGU